AUGGGAAACACCUCUCUGUGGGAUGAUGGGAACAGUACCUGCAGCAAUGUAGGCAACAGCUGCUAUCUGGACAGCACCAUGAAGCCCAGCUUCACCUUCCAAGAACAGGCACCCGAUUUCUAUGUCAUCCUCCCUGUGAUUUACUCCGUGAUCUGUGCAGUUGGGCUCACAGGCAAUACUGCUGUCAUCUAUGUCAUCCUCAAGGCCCCCAAGAUGAAGACUGUGACAAACAUGUUCAUCCUGAAUCUUGCUAUAGCUGAUGACUUGUUCACGCUUGUCUUGCCCAUUAAUAUUGCUGAACACCUCCUUCACUACUGGCCCUUUGGAGAAGUCCUCUGCAAGGUCAUCUUGUCCAUAGACCACUACAACAUCUUCUCCAGCAUUUAUUUCCUAACAGUGAUGAGCAUAGACAGGUAUCUGGUAGUACUGGCUACAGUCAGGUCCAAGAGGAUGCCACAUCGCACAUACCGAGCAGCCAGGAUUGUCAGUUUGUGCAUCUGGGUCCUAGUCACCAUCAUAGUUCUCCCUUUCAUCAUCUUUGCCAAUGUCUACAUAGAUGACCUGAAGAUCAAGAGUUGUGGUCUAAAUUUCCCCAAGCCUGAAAGGUUUUGGUUCAAAGCCAGCAGGAUCUAUACCCUCAUCCUUGGCUUUGCCAUUCCAGUAUCCACCAUCUGCAUCCUUUAUACCAUGAUGCUCUACAAGCUAAGGAACAUGCACUUGAAUACUAAUGCUAAAGCCCUGGACAAAGCCAAGAAGAAAGUCACCAUCAUGGUCUUCAUCGUCCUGGCUGUCUGCCUCUUCUGUUGGACCCCCUUUCACUUGGCCACCAUUGUGGCUUUGACCACUGACUUACCCCAGACCUCCAUGGUCAUUGGUAUAUCCUACUUCAUUACAAGUCUAAGCUAUGCCAAUUCAUGCCUGAAUCCUUUCUUGUAUGCUUUCCUCGAUGACAACUUUCGAAAAAGUUUCCGAAAGAUGCUGGAAUGCAGAACUUCAUAA